GUGAUGUGAUGCAGACAUACCGAAUGUUGUUGAAGCCUAGUUUGAGACACGAGGAGGAACAUGGCUGCCUCCCAACAACAAUCGUCGAACACCCUACCCCAAAAUGUAGCCGGCAUCCUUCAACAACCGUCAAUUGAUCACCAAAACAUAGGGAAUGGACAGGAAGAGUUGCCAGAAUACAGAAAACAAGAGAUCGGAGAUAUCUUACAGCAGAUAAUGAACAUAACAGAUCAGUCACUUGAUGAGGCCCAAGCCAGGAAGCAUGCUUUGAACUGCCACAGAAUGAAGCCUGCACUGUUCAGUGUUCUAUGCGAAAUAAAAGAAAAAACAGUUUUAAGUAUCAGAGGGUCUCAAGAUGAAGACCAAACAGAUCCUCAGCUUAUGCGACUUGAUAAUAUGUUAUUGGCUGAGGGUGUAGCUGGACCAGACAAGUCUGGAAACGCAGCGUUGGCUGCUGCUGCUGUACACGAUUCACAAAUUGAAAACACAGAAUAUAAGCAAAAACUGGCCCAGAUAAGACAAAUUUAUCACACAGAACUGGAGAAAUAUGAGCAGGCAUGCACUGAAUUCACAACUCACGUGAUGAAUCUGCUGAGAGAGCAAUCUAGAACAAGGCCAAUAUCUGCUAAAGAAAUUGAAAGAAUGGUCAGCAUUAUUCACAAGAAAUUCAGUUCAAUUCAAAUGCAGCUUAAACAAAGUACAUGCGAAGCUGUAAUGAUACUGCGAUCAAGAUUCCUUGAUGCCAGGCGUAAAAGGCGGAAUUUCAGCAAACAAGCAACAGAGAUUUUAAAUGAGUAUUUCUACUCACAUUUAAGUAACCCAUACCCAAGUGAAGAGGCGAAAGAAGAUUUGGCUAGAAAAUGCAAUAUUACAGUCGCACAAGUUUCAAAUUGGUUCGGAAAUAAGCGAAUCCGUUAUAAGAAAAACAUUGGCAAAGCCCAGGAAGAAGCCAGUUUGUAUGCUGCGAAAGCUCAACAUAGCUCGUCAGCAUCAGUUUCUACUUCUGUGGGUAAUUCGGCUGGACCAGGAUCAGGAUCAACUUCAGCUCAAGGUCAAAGAGGUGUAUCUACUGAAGGUGAGGGCUUUAGUGCACCAAUCAAUGGUACAGAUUUUCAUGGUGGUAGUGCAGUAGGCAUCAAUGUGCAGUCACAGGUGAAUGAAAUUAGACACGUGAUUGAUGAGACUGGGUCUACUGACCGGCCACAGCAGUCAUUCCCUAAUCAAACCCAAGCAGGCAAGCCUUCAAGUUUCAGCAGUCUCUUUGACUCGAUAAAUGCAUGGGCUGGAAAAGCGGAUGAGGGCAAAGAUGAAGACAAUGAAGAUGAUUUAGGAAGCGAUGAAGAUAAUGACCCUGAGAACGAGGGUUGAAUCAAUAAGUUGCCUUGCUGAAGAUGUUGCUAUAGAAUUCUACAAAAGGUCAGACCAGAACAGAACUUUAUCAGAACGGAGGAGUAUUUCUUUUAAUGAUUUUUAGGCUUCUAAACAAUAUCUUCGGUUAUAGAAAUUUUAUCGAGUUUAGUUAUGUUGUUAUUCAUGAUUUGUUAGUUAUAGAUAGAUUUUUUUAUAGAUUAUAUUUGUUAUUACAGUAAAAAGAAAUGAGAGUCAAUUGAUCCUAUCGGAUAAAUUUUUGAGUAGAAUGGUGUUAUAUUAGAUCACAUUCAGUAAAUCA